AGACUAAAUUAAAAUUUAAAUGAAGCAUAGAAAUGUGUUGUUUUUUUUUCAGUUGCUUUAAAAGCAGUGAUCAAGAUGCUGACACAUGCCUUGGAACAAUAACUACUAUCAAAUAUAAAAAAGCUACAAAAUUAUUAAAAUCAAACUGUGGAAACGAGACAUGCACCAUAUGUUUAGAAGAUUUUUUAAAUAACGAAAAGAUAUAUAUUGCUCCUUGUAACCACGGCUACCAUAAGGAGUGUUUAGCAAAUUGGUUAAGUGUCAAAAGCAACUGUCCUAUGUGCCAAGGAAAAUUGAAAAGUGAAUUUUAUGAAGAACACACACCAUUACUCAGAAGCUUCAGUAUUAACGUGUAACUCCUCUCAAUAGCAUAUGCAAAAUGUGUGCUGGCUCAAUGUCAACGCUCACUUUAUUGCUGUUUUCCUUUUCGCAAAUUGUACUGCUUAUUUCUUUAAUAUUGAAUAGUUGGAAGCCAUUUCUUCAUAUGAACAAUCAUGGUAAAACCAUAACAUUAGAUGAAUUAUCGUCAGCUGUGACAUGUUUCGGAAUGAGCAAAUCUACUCGACAAUGCAAGUUUACAAACUUGUGUUACAACACUUUGCGUGACGAAUACUUGUUUUUGCAUGGUGCUAACAGCUCAAUGUUUGGUGUUCCAACACCACGAAAUGAUCCUGCGCUUGUAGAUUUAUCAGGUGUUGAUGAUCACAAUGCAAAGUAUUUUUCAUACACUGAUGUUCCUUCUUCUUAUUUAUUUAACAAGAAAUAUUUAUUUGUUGAAGGAAAUAGUAUUAUCUUUCACCGGUUUAAUCCCGAAAAUUUAAUGCAUGUUUUUCACGAUGAUCUAAUGACUAUUUUUUAUACUAAGUCUCUUUUCUAUCCACAUUCUGAAGUUAAUUUGGUUAUGACUGAUAGACGUGACGAGGGGCCAUACUUUGAUUUAUACAAACUUUACUCAAACUCAAUUUAUACAUCAAUCAAUUUUACCGAUACCGAUUUUGUAUGCUUUCAAAGCGCUUUGGUAGGUCUAUCAAAACAGUUGACCUGGUAUCAAUAUGGAUUCAAAAUACCACAAGGGCCAUUAAACAACACUCAUUACCCAAAAAACGAUUUGUUGUAUUUUAAAAAUGAUUUUCUUACAAGAAUGAAUUUGUCAGAUAUCCCAGAUACUAAAUGUAUUUUGUUAUUGUCCCGUACGACCAGCAGAAAAAUUUUAAAUGAAGCGCAACUGUUGUUUAAGUUAUCGACAUUUUUCAGACUACCAAUUUAUUCUGUUAGCCUCGAAACAGAUGCAUUAAAUAACAUUAUAUCUCUAAUAUUAAGAGCAUCAUUAGUAAUAAGCAUGCAUGGUGCUCAAUUAAUUUUAGGGAUCUUCAUGAAGCCCGGAGCUGUUUUAGCUGAAUUAUUUCCAUACGCUGUGCCUCCAGAAAAUUAUACUCCUUAUAAAACAUUAGCAGAUUUGAUUUCAGUGCGGUACGUAGCUUGGAAAAAUAAUAAUCCUGUUAACAAUUAUCCACAUGAAGAAAGAGAACCACAGCUGGGUGGACUAAGGCAUCUACCUAAAGAGCUACAACUUCUUAUAAAAAAUACAACUACUGUGCCUCCUCAUUUAUGCUGUAGUGAUUCUUAUUGGUUAUAUCGGAUUUAUCAAGACACUGUAAUUGAUGUAGAUGAUUUAUUACAGCAUUUGAAACAGUUUAAUCUUUUAAAUCAAAAUGAUCAUGAGUGUCUUUCAAAUCACACAAGUUUAUUUUGUGCAAUUUAUCCUUCAGAAGUAACUAACAUAACAUGUAGAAGAGACAGCGAUCGUAUUGAAAUUUUUUGGGAUAUCCCUUGGAAUAUGAUUACUUUUGGAGAGACUAGGAUUUUGUAUGAAGUAUUUAUUAAAGACUCAUUUAACUCUAUUGUUAAAUUUUUGACUAAAGAAACUUUCCUGGUAUACACUAUAUCAACCGAAUCAUUAGAUUAUUCUAUAUUUAUUCGAUCUAUUUUUUAUAAAAAUUACGGAAGUUUUUCAUUUACAGGACUAAAAUGCUGAUUUUAAAAAAGUA